CCUGCGCGUGACUCCCACGCUUCACCCCCUGCAAACGCGCUGGUCUCCGAAAUUAGGCGGGAAGCGGAAGAGCUCGAAACCCUAGAAUUCAAUUCAUCCCAAGCACCGUCCAUUUCAUCCCUCAAUUUCCACUGCAACAAUUCUCUCCCUCUCUCCGAUAUGGGCAUCAAGGGACUGACGAAGCUACUGGCGGACAAUGCCCCGAACGUCAUGAAGGAGCGGAAGCUCGAGAGCUACUUCGGCCGGAGGAUCGCCGUCGAUGCCAGCAUGAGCAUCUAUCAGUUCCUCGUUGUGGUUGGGAGGAAGGGGACUCAGAUGCUCACCAAUGAGGCUGGUGAAGUCACCAGUCAUCUGCAAGGCAUGCUUUACCGGACGAUUAGGCUGUUGGAGGCGGGCAUAGAGCCAAUCUAUGUAUUUGAUGGUCCACCUCCUGAUUUGAAGAAGCAAGAGCUGGCAAAACGUUUUUCGAAGAGGGCAGCUGCCUCUGAGGAGUUGGCAGUAGCCAUU